AUGACAAAUUCAGGAGUAGUAACUCCUCAUUCAAGACCAGGCACACCAUCAGGUUUAAUAAAUAGUCCCCCGUUACAGUUAAAUUCAACGUCAAACAUAAAUAGUUCACAAUUACAAGUACCUAAUAAUUUAUCAAAUUUAUCGACACAACCAACGUCUACUACAUCUUCCGUCGUAUCAUCAAACAAACAGCAACAGCAACAACAUGUACCAUCAUAUGAAAAACCAAUAUAUGAACAAUUGUUUUCCAUAUAUAAAUCACUAUUAGAUUUAAAAAAUAAUAGAAAUAAAUAUAUUAAUUCAAAACAAGUAUAUUCAAUUUAUGAUUUAUUUUUAAAUGUUAUAAAUGACCUAAAAUUAACAAGAAAAGAUGAAGAAUUAAAAGGUAUAACUUUAAAUUUACCAAAUGGUAACGAUUUAAUAAUAGAUGAUAUUUUUCAAUUAUUAAGUUUAUGUUUUGUUACAUGUGGAUUAAUUAAAUUUGCUCCUGCUACUUAUCUGAGUUUAAGUGCAGUAAUGAAAUUAUUAACUCAUUUAAAAGAAUGUAAAGUUUAUACAAUGGAUGAUUUAAAACCUGUUGGUGUAAGAUUAAAUGAAAUAAAAAAUAUUUUAAUAAAUUCAAAUAAUCAAUUUGAAAAUGAUAAUGAUGAUGAAGAUGAAGAAGAUUAUAAAAUGUCAAGAAAUCAUCAAAUUGAAGAAACUUUAUUAAGAAAUAAAUUAAAUAAAUGUGAAAAUCUUUAUGCUCAAUUAGUUGAUAAUUUUAAAAAUAUACCAUCAGAUUUAGAACCAAUAUAUCAUGAAUUAAUUAAAAUAAGAGCAAAUUUAUUAAAUUUUGUAACUCAAGAAGAUUCAAAAACAAUAUCAAAUGAAAAAUUAAAUGAUAAAAUAAAUCAAUUUAAAUUAAAUUUGAAAAAUAUUGAAAAAUUAAGAGAUGAAAUAGAUGGGAAAUUUCAUAGUCAACAAAUUCAAAAUGAUGAAAAUAAAUUAGAUUCAAUACAAGCUAUAUUAAAUGGAUUAAUUGAUGAUUGUAAUAAUUUAAUUGCUGAUUUAAUGAUUCAUGAUGAAGAAAUAAAUUUAAAAAAUUUAAAUAUAAAUGAUGAAAAACCUAAUAUAGAGGUUUCAUCUGAUUUAAAAAUACAAUAUGAUUAUAUAUAUAAGACAUUACAAAAUUUAAAAUUAACUUUAGAUAAUUUAUUAGUUACAAGAAGAUGGACAUUAAGAGAAACAGAUUUAUAUACUUAUCAAAAAACUUUAAAAUCAAUUGAUGAACAAAGAAUUAAAAUAGUUGAACAAACUCCAAAGGGUACUUUUAAAAAAUAUCAAACUUUAAUAUUAUAUUUAUUAAGAAGAUGUUAUUCAAUAAUAUAUAAAUUAUUAGAAAGUAGUGAACCAGUAAGUGAAAGUUUAACACCAAUACAUAAUCAAUUACAAACAGUUAAAAGAUGUUUAUUAGAAUUAAAAAGAGUUGAUGGAGUAAAUAAUUUAAGAGAGUUAUAUCCUUUUCAAUUUAAAUUAGCUUCAAUUGAUAAUUUAAAGAAAGAUGGGAAAUUUAUUGUUGAUAGAACAGUACCUGAAGGACAAGGUGCUUUAUGUGCUUUAUUAAGUGAAUGUUUUGAUAUUAUACAAGAAAUGAAAAUUGAAUUAGAAGAAAAAGAAUUAGAAGAAGAAGAAGAGGAAGAAAAUGAAGAAAAUGCAAAGAUAAAUGAAAAUGAAUUAAACAGUCUAAAUAGUAGCCAGAAUCAUAAUGGUACAACAAAUGGAAGUUUAGUUUCAAAAAUUGCAAAUGGAGGAAGUUUUACAAAUUCAAAAGAAGUUUCUGGAAGUGGUGGUAUUGAUGAAAUUGAUGAUGUUGAAAUUAAAAGAAAUAGAUUUCAAGAAUUUAAUGAAGCUGAUUAUGAUUUAGAAAGUGAAUCUGCUUUUGAUGAUGAUGAUGAUCAAAUUAGUGAUAGUGAAUUUGAAGGUAAUGAUUAUUAUUAA